AUGGAGGCGACGCAGGAGUCCACCCAGCCAUGCACAGACCCUCGCCGCAUGGGCUACAACCACUCCGGUCUGCACGACGAUGAUAUGACGGACAUCAUUUGUAUCUUACACCCCAAUUCACCUGCAGCUCAUGAUGCGGUAGCCGCAACCGCUCGUCACCGCCCGCAGCACAUCCUCCAAAAGGAUGCGCUAGAAUAUGAAUGUUCAGAUACCGCAGCCUUGGACUUCGCCCUUAGACUGUCAUCAAACGUGUAUGAUGCAAACGCAGGGUUUUGCUUUGGCCGAAACAGAGCUCGCUGUGAUCUUCUCAUUGCGGAUGCCAAUUCGAAACGUAUCUCGAACACGCACUUCCGCAUCUAUCUCACGCAAGAUGGGAUAAUAAUGCUCGAAGAUACAUCCACAAAUGGAACGAUCGUAGACAACUGCCGUCUUCGCAAGAGCCAAAAAGAAAAGAGUCGAAUGCUUGUCAACGGCUCCGUUAUUCAGGUACCGAACGGCGAGCUCCUCGGCUCUGAGGAAGUCAGAUUCAUCGUGCGCCUUCCGUCCCGGGAAGGCUUUGUCAUGCAAUACACGGAGAAUAUGCUCCAUUACUUCGAAAAGAUCGAAACUCAGCGAGCAGGCGCAGUCCGGGCCAAAGCCCGCGCAACUCCUGCGCCCGCUCUGCAGAUGGCGUCGCCCAAUACGUACGGCAUGCACUGGUCCGGUGGUUUGACAUACAACGUGACUGGCCAGAUAGGCAAAGGGGCUUUUGCAACGGUCUAUAAACUCGCGACAAAACAGCAUGGCGCUGUAUACGCAGCGAAGGAGCUUGACAAGCGCCGCUUCAUGAAGAAUGGCAUACUUGACAAGAAAGUUGAUAAUGAAAUGAAGAUCAUGAAAGAUCUGAAACACCCCAACAUUGUCCAGUAUGUCGACCAUCACGAGUACGACAGAUGGAUUUACAUCAUCAUGGAAUACGUCCCCGGCGGAGAGUUGUCCACGUAUUUGCAGUCCCAUGGCAGGAUUCGGGAGGACAUGGUUAGGCCGAUGGCGCGGCAGAUUUUGCAUGCGCUUCACUAUCUCCACAAACGCAAGAUCACACACCGCGACAUCAAGCCGGAUAAUAUCCUGAUUGCAUCCCUUGAUCCUCUGAAGGUGAAAUUAUCCGACUUUGGUCUCUCAAAAGUGGUGCAGGAAGAGACAUUCCUCAGGACUUUCUGCGGCACUCUCCUAUAUUGUGCCCCUGAAGUCUAUCCAGAGUAUGACACCUACCGGCGCGGUGAGGUUCGGAAACGCCGCAGGCUGGGUGAUCCGCCACCUAAAACAUCCCCAUAUGACCAAUCCGUUGACAUGUGGUCACUUGGAGCUGUAUUGUUCCAUCUCCUUUCGGGAGUCCCUCCUUUUGCUCCACGAGCAGAUGACAGGGGGGCUCAAAUGCUGAGGAUAAUCAUGACCGAGGAUGCCGAUUAUGGUGAACUCCGCAAGGCAGAUGUUUCUGAGGAUGGAAUUGACUUGGUUGCUCGGCUUCUUAAUCGCGACCCCAUGUCCCGACCGAACGAACGAGAAUGCUUGAGACAUCCUUGGAUUGCCGGGGUUGCGGAUACAGAUGAAUACGAUGACGAUGACCUCGCGCUGAACCUUGCAAAUGAUCUUUCUGACAUAGGCGAGGAUUUAGAGGACGAGAUAGACGCCUCUCAGCUUUCCCUCAAUGAUAAACCGGCAGCAGAUAUGGCGGUUGAGGAGGACAGUGAAGCGGCCCAAUCCAAGAAAAUUAAGCUUGAUUACCCCCCAGCCGAGAUCCAUUAUCCAUCACUGCCGAGUGUCGACAGCUUUCAGAUCGUUCAGCCAGUUUCUCAGUCAAGCCCCAAACGACUUUUUGGUGAGAUCACACCAUCAGUUCUUCGAAGUUCACAUGCGUUGGGCGAAAAUGUCGAUGCAUAUGAGGGUGACGACUUUAGCAUCCAUGACUUCGUUUCUUCCACUGGUGAGUCGAUCAUUAGCGACGGCAACAGCCUAAAUUCCGUCCUCUCCCUUCCGGAAAACCCCGUCGCCGGGUCUGCACCUAGCUUAAUGGGAGCUGAGAAACUUGUUGGGCAGCUGAACAUGGACUCGUGGCUCCCUGGAAUAUCGAGCAAAAUUCUCCACGUCGAGGCGCCGGGGCCGCAAACUAGCGUGGCCGCCGACGUUCCAGAUAGGCAAUCCCCAGAGGCCCCAAAGCACACCCCUACCGAUGAUACGACCCUUAAGCCUUGUAUUUUUAGCCGUCGGAUUGAGCUGCCUGUACCCGAUACUGCCAGUGAGCGUUCGAGUCCAGAGACGACGGGAAAAAGUACGGAGAAAACAAUGGAAAAGACCAACUACGGCCGGACUGAGUCUGAAGCUGAGCCCGGAGAAACCUUCGAUAUUGAACUGUCAAACACUAUCGAUGCCAAAACCGGAGUGCAACUUCCUGAUUUGCCUCAAAGGGACGAUAAUCAAUCCCCCCCAGAGCCCUUGCCUCACCAGAGUCCAGAUCUCAACAUCAAAAUAGUAUCCCCGCCCAGCAAAGCACAUCCCCUCCUGGGCAAGUUGACCACUCUUCCGGGGUCCAUCUUUGAGCUCACCAUCCCGCUGGAAACGCGAAUGACAUCCUGGGGCCGCGGUCCCCUAGCGACCAUAUGUUAUCCCGAGCCAAUGGACACGCGAAUCCCUGCGUAUGCCUUGGAAGUCACCUUUUGGGCCCCAGCUAUCGAAACGAAGAUUGCUGCUGGACAGGAGUGGAUGACCGUCCCUGGUGUGAUGGCGAUUCUCUCCACCAAAACCCGGAAGUGUAUCUGGGUCAACGGCACUGAGUUGCGACGAGGGCCAGAUGGCGACAAUGGGCGGGAGGGCUUCCAUUUUGGGAAGCUGUACUCCGGCGAUGUGAUCACGGUUUACCAGCAUCGUCACAAAUUUCUGAAGUUCACCUGCGAGUUCUACCAUGGGGACAGUGCGCGCCCGCGUCCCGAUGAAGAGAAAGGAUUCACUGUGCGCAAGGUUUUGAUGCCUAAAGAGACGACCGCGAACCGACUGCCUGCACGGAAAGUCACUGGUGGGAAGAGGUAG